AUGUCAAAUCCUCAAUAUCAUCACGAAAAGCCAGUGCUUUAUUCGUAUUUUAGAUCAUCAUGCGCUUGGCGUGUUCGUACUGUUUUAAAUUGGAAAGGAAUCGAUUAUGAAAUUAAACCUGUGAAUUUAGUAAAAGAAGAACAGAAAGCGCCAGAAUACUCUAAACUUAAUCCACUUAAAGAAGUACCAACUUUAAUAAUUGAUGGAUUAGUAUUAACUCAAUCACUUGCAAUAAUUGAGUAUCUUGAAGAGACUCGUCCCGAAAAACCAGUGUUACCUAAAGAACCUGGGAAAAGAGCUUUAGUAAGAUCACUUGUUCUCGCAAUUGCUAGUGAUACUCAACCAGUCACCAAUUUACGAAUUUUAAAUUAUCUUGGUGACGAUCGCAAGGAAGAAUGGACCAAAUAUUGGAUGUCUUAUAUUUUUGAAGGAAUUGAAAAGCAACUUAAAGAAGUAGCGGAUGAUUAUUGUGUUGGGAAUGAAGUUACUCUUGCUGAUAUUUGUCUUGUACCACAAGUUUUUAAUGCUAACAGAUUCAAAGUCGAUUUAACUCCAUUUCCAAUUAUUCAACGUAUAUCUGAUAAAUUACUUGAAUUAGAAGCAUUUAAAAAAGCCCAUCCGUUUCGGCAAAUUGAUUGUCCUAGCGAGCUCAAAUCAAAAAAUAACAUCACAUAA